UCAGCCACAUUUAGCUCAUGGCGGAUGCUCACCCUGGGGGCAGAGUACGAGGACACCUGGGCCCUGGCACGUGACCAGUGUCGACCCAGACAACAGGCAAAGGAGCCUCCUGGGCGCACACAUGCCGCAACUGUAAAGCAAGAAGAGCCUUCCUGGAAACACUGUGAGACGAUUACUAAUUAUGACACAGUUAUACACUUGGAUGGAGCGAUCGAAGUAACGACCAGAGAAGGUUUAUGUGACUUAGUCCAGAAGCAUGAGAUGGCAACAAACACAGGGUGGCCUGGCAGAAUGGCUCGUAUUACUGAAGAUCUCCCCACCCGCUAUGGAGGGAGCACAAGCGGCGGCGGCGGCGGCGGAGGAGGCAGAGGCGCGCCGGGUGCCGGGAGAGGGGGUGCCCGCGGCGGAGGCGCUCCGGGCGGCGGCCAAAGGAUGUACAAGCAGUCGAUGGCUCAGAGAGCCAGGACAAUGGCCAUUUACAACCCGAACCCCGUCAAGCAAAACUUCUUGACUGUCAACCGCUCCCUCUUCAUUUUCCGGGAGGACAACCUCAUCAGGAAGUAUGCCAAACGUAUAACAGAGUGGCCUCCAUUUGAAUACAUGAUCCUGGCAACAAUCAUCGCCAACUGUAUCGUCUUGGCCCUGGAGCAACAUCUACCUGCCAGCGACAAGACGCCUAUGUCGGAGCGCCUGGACGACACAGAGCCCUACUUUAUUGGAAUAUUCUGUUUUGAGGCAGCCAUUAAGAUCAUCGCCCUGGGCUUUGCAUUCCACAAAGGCUCCUACCUCCGUAACGGAUGGAAUGUAAUGGACUUCGUGGUCGUUCUCACUGGGAUCCUGGCAAAAGUAGGCUCCGACUUCGACUUGCGGACACUCCGGGCUGUGAGAGUGCUGCGACCCCUCAAACUUGUGUCAGGGAUUCCCAGCCUUCAAGUAGUGUUGAAGUCUAUAAUGAAAGCCAUGGUGCCCCUACUUCAGAUCGGCCUACUGCUUUUCUUCGCCAUUGUCAUGUUUGCCAUCAUCGGUGUGGAGUUUUACAUGGGCAAAUUUCACACCACCUGCUUCAACAUCGACACCGGUGAAAAAGCAGCAGAAUGGCCUUGUGGUCUGGAUCCCCCAGCCAGGUUGUGUCCAAACGGGACUAAAUGCACGGAGUACUGGACCGGACCCAAUUUUGGUAUUACCAACUUCGACAACAUCCUGUUUGCUGUGCUUACGGUGUUCCAGUGCAUCACGAUGGAGGGCUGGGUGGAUAUCCUCUAUAGUACCAACGAUGUGGCAGGAAACACAUGGAACUGGCUCUACUUCAUCCCUCUAAUCAUCAUCGGCUCUUUCUUCAUGCUCAACUUAGUACUUGGUGUCCUGUCAGGAGAGUUCGCCAAAGAAAGAGAGCGUGUGGAGAAGAGACAAGAAUUUCUGAAGCUUCGAAGACAGCAACAAAUUGAAAGAGAGCUCACCGGAUACCUGGAAUGGAUCUGCAAAGCUGAGGAGGUGUUGCUGGAGGAAGAGUAUGAGAAUGCAGUAGAGAAGUCACCACUGGAUGGUGCGUGGUACAAGAGGAAAAAAAAUCUGCCAGUCCUGAAACGAAGCAAAAACAAGAAGGGUAAAAAUGAUCUGAUUGGUGCUGAGGAAGGGGAAGAGCCAUUCGCUGAAAUCUCCUCUGUAGGUCCUCCUGGUUCUCGCUUUUGUGGGGUCAGAGAAAGCAGCACGAAGAUGGAUAGCUCAUCUUACUUUCGUCGUAAAGAGAAGAGAAUUCGUUUCUUUAUCCGGCGGAUGGUAAAAGCACAGAGUUUCUACUGGAUCGUUCUGUGUCUGGUUGGCCUGAACACUAUGUGCGUGGCCAUAGUCCACUAUGAUCAACCAGAGUGGCUUACAACAGCCCUGUACACAGCAGAGUUUGUAUUCCUGGGUUUGUUUCUCACUGAGAUGACCUUAAAGAUGUAUGGCCUUGGACCAAGGAAUUAUUUCCAUUCCUCCUUUAACUGCUUUGAUUUCGGGGUGAUUGUGGGAAGUAUUUUUGAGGUGAUCUGGGACAUGAUCAAACCAGGAGCAUCGUUUGGGAUAAGUGUGUUGCGAGCUCUGAGACUGCUGAGAAUCUUCAAAGUUACUAAGUAUUGGAACUCUCUAAGGAACCUGGUGGUUUCCCUCCUCAAUUCCAUGAAGUCAAUCAUCAGUUUGCUUUUCCUCCUGUUCCUCUUCAUCGUUGUCUUCGCUCUGCUGGGCAUGCAGCUUUUUGGAGGACAGUUUAACUUUGAGGACGAAACACCAACAACAAACUUCGAUACCUUCCCGGCAGCCAUUCUCACUGUGUUUCAGAUUUUAACCGGGGAGGACUGGAACGCCGUGAUGUACCAUGGCAUCGAGUCACAAGGAGGUGUCCGCCGGGGGAUGUUCUCUUCUGUUUACUUCAUUGUCCUUACACUUUUUGGAAACUAUACCCUUCUGAACGUCUUCUUGGCUAUCGCUGUUGAUAACCUUGCAAAUGCACAGGAGCUAACAAAGGAUGAAGAAGAGCAGGAAGAGGCAGCCAAUAAGAAGCUUGCCCUGCAGAAGGCUCUGGAAGUAAAGGAAGUCAGUCCCAUGUCUGCAGCAAACAUAUCAAUAGCCGCUUUUGUAAAGCAAAAUCGAGAUGCACUCUCUCGCAGGUCGUCCAUCAACAGCAUUCAGUCACUGACUUAUAGUCUCUACUCUUCCCCUGCUCGCCGAAUCUUGAGCAAGGAACAGCAACGGACAGCCAAAACCAUGUCAGUGUGGGAGCAAAGGACAAACCAGCUGAGGAGACACAACGUGAGAGCAAGCAGUGAAGCUUUGUUUAACGAGCUCGACCCUGAGGAGCGCCUACGACUGUCCUCUGCCCUCCAUCUUCAUCCUGACAUGAAGACCCACCUGGACAGGCCCCUUGUGGUGGAGUCCAACAGGCCUCCCGAGGAAGGUCAGCAAGACGGCACGGGAGACAUCCUCCAUUCGCACACCAGGAAGCACCACAGACAUCGGGACAGGAACGGUGAGGGCAGGGAUGGAGGUGACGGCCGUCCAGCGAGGCAUCACACCCAUCACAGCCGGAGCAAAGAUCAUAAUAGCAAUGGAGGUCAGACUAAAGAGAGAAGAGGGGAGAGUUGCAGUCACAGCCGAGAUGAGGGUCAGAGACGCAGGCGGCAUCAUCAUACAGGCUCCCCGGAAGAAGACGUCUCUGAUGUACGGGCAGGAGGGGAAGAGAGGGGCCAUCGCCAUCACCAUUCACACCGGACGCCAAAAGAGGGAAAUGGGACAUUAGCGAAUGGUUCCCAUGGAGAGCGCAGGGGCCGAGGAAGAGGAGGCGAGGGUAAUGGAGAAAGGAAAGGCCGAUGCUCUCGAAUGGUCAGAGCGCAGUCGACUCUGGAUGGGGAUGAAAGCAAAAAGUGCAAGAAAAAUCAUAGGGAGAUGCAGUCUGAUGGUGAGGAAGAGGUUCUUGCUACCAGUCCUCUGAGUCUUGGAGACAAGCAGGAGGAUGCUGACAACCAAAAGAAUUCCACUAGAGCCAGCCAGGCUGGCCUUAACAGCAACACCAUUCACAUCCCUGUCACCAUAACAGCCCCACCCGGAGAGACAACCGUGAUUCCCAUGAACAACAUUGACUGCAGCAACUUAACAGUCAACGAGGAGAAGAAAGCCCUAGAAGAGGACGAUGCUGCAAAUAGGCCGCGGCAGAUUCUCCCCUAUAGUUCCAUGUUCAUUUUUGGACAAACAAAUCCGGUGCGGCGGCUGUGUCAUUACGUGGUCAACCUACGCUACUUUGAAAUGUGCAUCCUGAUGGUCAUUACCAUGAGUAGCAUUGCCCUGGCAGCUGAGGAUCCUGUGCAGUCUAAUGCACCCCGCAACAACGUCCUCAAGUAUCUUGAUUAUGUCUUCACUGGUGUGUUUACAUUUGAGAUGGUGAUUAAGAUGAUUGACUUAGGACUGAUCCUCCACCCCGGCGCCUAUUUUCGUGAUCUCUGGAACAUUCUUGACUUCAUCGUAGUCACUGGCGCUCUUGUGGCAUUCGCCUGCUCGAGCCUAAUGGGAUCGCAACAAAGCGUGGCCAGAGGGACAAAAGGCAAGGACAUCAACACCAUUAAGUCUCUGAGGGUCCUCAGAGUCUUGCGGCCACUAAAAACCAUUAAACGUCUGCCCAAAUUAAAGGCUGUGUUUGACUGUGUGGUGAAUUCCCUGAAGAAUGUUCUCAACAUCCUCAUUGUGUACAUUCUCUUCAUGUUCAUCUUUGCGGUUAUCGCUGUGCAGCUUUUUAAAGGGAAAUUCUUCUACUGCACUGAUGAGUCCAAGGGCCUUGAGAAAGACUGCAGGGGUCAGUUUUUGGACUAUGACAAAGUGGAACGUGGACGUGAUGUCGAAGCUCAGCCCAGAGAGUGGAAGAAAUACGAGUUCCACUAUGACAAUGUUCUUUGGGCCUUCUUAACACUAUUCACCGUCUCCACAGGAGAGGGCUGGCCCCUGGUGCUGAAGCACUCAGUGGAUGCCACCUAUGAAGACCAGGGGCCCAGCCCAGGUUUCCGCAUGGAGACGUCCAUCUUCUAUGUGGUGUACUUUGUGGUCUUCCCUUUCUUCUUUGUCAACAUAUUUGUCGCUUUGAUUAUCAUCACCUUCCAGGAGCAGGGAGACAAAGCCAUGUCUGAGUGUAGCUUGGAAAAGAAUGAGAGGGCUUGCAUUGACUUCGCCAUUAAUGCCAAGCCGCUGACAAGAUACAUGCCAGAGAACAAGCAAUCCUUCCAGUAUAAGAUGUGGAAAUUUGUGGUGUCGCCUCCAUUUGAAUAUGCCAUUAUGACUUUAAUUGCCCUCAACACCGUGGUGCUGAUGAUGAAGUUUUAUGGAGCCCCAGACCUAUAUGAGUCCAUGCUGAAAUACUUGAACAUCGUCUUCACUGCCCUUUUCACACUGGAGUGCAUCCUUAAGAUUAUUGCCUUCGGUCCAUUGAAUUACCUGAAAGCAGCCUGGAAUGUGUUUGACUUUGUGACGGUCCUGGGAAGCAUAACAGACAUCCUGGUGACGGAGAUUAAGACAGACAAGAUGAUUAACCUGAGCUUCCUGAGGCUGUUCCGAGCGGCUCGGCUCAUCAAACUGCUACGGCAGGGCUACACCAUUCGCAUUUUGCUGUGGACGUUUGUUCAGUCCUUCAAGGCCCUGCCAUAUGUUUGCCUCCUCAUUGCAAUGCUCUUCUUCAUCUAUGCCAUCAUUGGAAUGCAGGUCUUUGGUAACAUCGAGCUGAACGAGGACACAGCAAUAAAUCACCACAACAACUUCCAGACCUUUUUCCAGGCUUUAACCCUUCUCUUCAGGAGUGCCACUGGUGAAGCGUGGCAUGAGAUCAUGCUUUCCUGUCUCAGUAAUCGAUCAUGUGACAAACUCUCAGGAACUACAGGGAAGGAGUGUGGAAGUGACUUUGCUUACUUCUACUUUGUUUCAUUCAUUUUUCUCUGCUCCUUUUUGAUGUUAAACCUAUUUGUUGCUGUCAUCAUGGACAACUUUGAGUAUCUGACCAGGGAUGCCUCCAUCUUGGGUCCUCAUCACCUCGAUGAGUUCAUCCGUGUAUGGGCAGAGUAUGACCCCGCUGCCUGUGGAAGGAUAUGCUAUCAAGAUAUGUACAAAUUGUUACGUUUUAUCUCACCUCCACUUGGGCUGGGGAAGAAGUGCCCAAACAGGGUGGCCUAUAAGCGUUUGGUUAGGAUGAACAUGCCUAUUGCAGAUGACAAUACAGUGCAUUUCACCUCCACACUGAUGGCCCUGAUUCGCACAGCCCUGGAGAUCAAACUUGCGUCGGGAGUUUUGGCACAGCAUUUAUGUGAUAUUGACCUGAAAAGAGAAUUAAACAGAGUAUGGCCCAGUUUGUCACAGAAGACUAUUGACCUUCUGGUGACGCCGCAUAAAUACAAUGAGCUGACUGUGGGGAAAGUAUAUGCUGCUCUCAUGAUCUUUGACUACUAUAAGCAGAAUCGUGCCAAGAGACUCCAGCAGCAGCAUCCUUCAGGAGGGGUUCAGAGUAAAUUAGGGGCAUUGUUUCGCCCUAUACUUCCUCUUGGUCAUAUCAAAGAAGUAGAGCCUCCAUUACCCAGUCCCAAACAGCUAUUGCCUCUCCAUCCUGAAUCAGAAGCAGAGACGUCACCUCUUCCACCUAUCACAACUACAGCUACCAGCUCGAUAAACAGGGACACAGUUCUUGACCAAAAGACUUACAUAAAACAUUCCCAGUCUGGAGAUGUUUGUCAAGUAGCGCUAAGGCCCAAAGGGCGGAGGAAACUACAGAGAGGCCAAUCUGAAGAUGUGCAGUAUUCUACAAGACCUCAGGAAGUGGUUGAAAUGAAGCCAGUUGAGAACAUCUCAGACACAGAGAUGUACCCAAGCCUGGAAGGUCACGGAAGAGCAGCUUCUCUGCCUCGUCUCAAUGCAGAAUACUACCGGAGCCACCCUCGCCACGCCCCUGGGACCCACCUGGCACCAAUUGUUGACCUUAGUCCCAUAAGACGCUCAGCUUCGUCACUGACCCCACAGCACAACCAGGAGGUUGUUCUUCAGGAAUAUAACCUGAUACGACCAACCCAGCAUCAAUCAUCAGCGGGUACUGGACCAGUCCAAGGCCAGGACCGUGUCCAUCACCAUCAUCACCACCACCGCUGCCACAGACGCAGGGACAAGGACAAGGAUAAAGACAAAAAGCAGAAAUCCCUUGAUAGAGCAACUUCAGCGCAGCAGCAGAGUGCUGUUGGCUCAUUCACAGACCCCUCAGCUGAAGGUAUGUCUAGAGAACGAGCAAGGGAGCGUGACCGGAGUCGCCCACACGAGAGAAGGCAUCAUUCCUCUGCAGGGGAAAAGCAACGCUACUACUCCUGUGAGCGUUAUGGCUCCCAGGAGACAGGCCAUGCCAAGUCAGCCGGUCCAAGCCGAUCUACGUCUCCUGGGGAGGAACAAGACACCUCUGUACUUAAACAACAUGGUAGCACUGGGGGUAAACCUGCCCCCUCUGGAUCAAGCACACCCGUCCGUGGUCGCAGACAACUCCCCCAAACGCCCCUCACCCCACGUCCUGCCGUGGCCUACAAGACUGCAAACUCCUCCCCUCUCUCUUCUGCAGCCAGCACCACCAUAGCCGGACAACACGCUCGUGUCAGUCGCGGCUGUUCAGAACACGAGCACUUGCACGGGGACAACGACCGCUCCCCGAUACCGGUCACCUGCAUUGGUUCUGACCCAAAUUUAAACCGGCAACUGCAGGGAAGUUCUCAACAAGCGCUAAUCGAAGAGACAGAGGACUUCCAGGAUGCCGUUAGCAGCCAAGUUUUGCCACACAGAGCGGGUGCCUCCUCAACAUCCUCAUCUUCACACGAUCCCACUGCUGUGCCCGUCACAGCGGCGGCCACACAAGGGCGUGCAGAUGUGGUACCUAAUGGGUACCACUUCACUUUUGGGGUAAAUUCUGCAUCAAACAGCAGAGGAACAGGAAGCCUCAGGGAGAGAGAUGAUGAGGACUGGUGCUAA